UACCCGCACUGGGUACUGCAAAGCUUACUGCAGUACCCUUUAUGCAAGCGGAUGGCUGCAGCGGGGAGCGCUAUCUCUCCCUCUAUGCAAGCGGAUGGCCGCAGCUCCCCUAUUCCGAGCGGAAGUACGGCGCCUUCGCUAUCCGCCGACGUGGCGUGGGCUCGCCUCCCUAUGCGCGCAUCGCGUCUGCUCGCGCUCGCCCGCGGCCACAAGCAGAGCCACCGUCACCAUCCGCCAUGGCCGCCGCCGGCCCUGCACGCCGUCCUCUUCCUCGCCAGCCACUUCCCCCUCCCCUUCUGUCCUUAAUCGAGUGUACAGAUUGAAAGAUUUUGUUUCUUCCAUGCAAAAUACCUAACCAACAGCUUCUCCGAACGAAUGCACCAGUUCUUCUUCGAGAUCAGGAUGCAGGUGUUCAUGGUGAGCGCGAUGGCAACGGGCCGUCGCCACCGGCGGCUAAAGCUGCCUCGAUGCAUUGUCAUUUGAGAUGAAGCGUGAGACAGCAGGGAGCCUGGGAUGCUAGCAUUGAUCUACCUCAAUGAAUGUAUACUCAAAUAGGAGCUCACUUUCCUGAAUUUCUGGAAUGCUCGCAUUGAUCCGCCUCAAUGUGGUGUUGACUGUAAUGUCCCUCUCUUGUGGAUUCUGAGUAAGAUGGUCACGCUCCUCUCCUCUUGUGUAUUCAGGAUUGCUAGGUCUUUCUCUAAUUCUGGAUUAUAAGUGCCAGUUAGCAAUUAAAGUUCUGGAUUAUAAGUGCCAGUUAGCAAAUACAGUGAUAGGGUUCAUAUGAUACUUUUUUUUCUUCCUACAAAUCAUUGUAUGCAUUGCUUUGUGAACCAGCCCACUCACUCUUCAGGUAAUUCAGUCUUACUCCUUCCUGCAUUGCAAUACAGAUUACUACUACCCUUCUUGUUUGUGAGUAAACUAAUUGAUUACUUAUCUCUAUUUUCCUGUUGUGUGCGUAUCAUAGACCUUUGGAGAAUAUUAAUUUCAGUGGAUGAUCGGCAUCAUAAAUCACCGGUCUUGGAGAAUUAUACCGUAAUUUGGACGCCGGGAUAAUAAGGUGUGGUAGAGUACACGGAUAUGAAUUGACUACUUCAGACGUCACCUUGGCAUGUCACCUUUUGUGCUUGCAGGUUCUCCAACAAAUAAAUUAUGUUGAUUUUUUUUCAAAUGUUGCCAUUAUAAGUUCACUGAAUUUAUGUGAAUGGUUUCAGUUAAGUCAUCAUUGUUAUUCCCUGCUGAUACCUUGGGGUUGUUUCUGUAUCGAAGUGCUUGCUCUAUUUGUCUGAAAAAUAACAAUGCUGGUUGCAUAAAAGGGAGCAGUGCAAACACAACGUCUCAUGUAUAGCUAAUGUUGCUGUAGAUUCCAGGUUCUAGAGGGCUCUUGGGCUUGCCACUACUGUGGAUGCAUACUAUGCAUGGCAAAAUGAUGACCAAGGCCUGUCCACAUGCCAACAUGUAAUCUCAAGUAUUGUGAGAACUGGUGUCCAUCACUAAGCAAUGGGCACAACAUUGACUCAUAUUGUUGUUGUAUUGGAAGGCCAACUGCAUGUGCAUCCAGCCUCUGGUGGGUCUGGUUAUUGGAGCUCCUGGCCGCCACCUGCGACUUCAGCCGCUUGCUGAAGCUCGGCGAGGGCGGCUUCGGGAGCGUCUACAAGGGCGUAAUCCGGCUGCUAGAAGGGCCUGCGGGCGGCAUGGUGGUCGCCAUCAAGAAGCUCAAUCCCAAAGGCCAUCAGGUUUUGCAAAGACCCUGAGUCACAGAGCAAGAUAAUAUCAGCAUUGUGUUCUUAACAAGUAUACCAGGGAAACUGCAAUGGCAUGCCUGCAAAAGAUGCAAACGGAAUCGACAUCUAUGACAACAGCAACGAUACCGCACCUGUUCAUGCUAUUGUUGGAGCAGGAGGGUUCAGCUUGGAUAACUUGCAUAACAAUGUAAGGUUUCUGGUAACAAGUCAUAUACUCCUUCCGUACCUAUAAAACCUGACGUUUUGGAUAAGAUUUGGGUCAAACAUUGAUAAUAUAAAUCAUCAAUAAUUUUUAAGUUGUUGAGUUUGCAAAUGUGAAAAUUAUAUGAAUAGAUUUGUCUUGAAAAAUACUUUCAUAAAAGUAUACAUAUACCACUUUUUCAUAAAUAUUUUUAUAAUAACAAGUGGUCAAAGUUGUGUUUUGCAGACCGUGUCGUUGUCCUAAAUGUCAAGUUUUAUGGGUACGGAGGGAGUAUGUUCUUCGAUGCAGACAGCACGUUAUCUUUGAAGGUGCUGGCCAAUAAUAAUGAUCCAGUUAACUUCUCGCCCCCGUUUCAUCGGGGAACUGCAAGGACGAGGAUGGCAUCAAGGGCCAGUGCGUUCUUGAAUAAUGAUCCAUUAGGGUUUAUCCAUGUUGAAUAAAAUAGGAACGAAAUACCUCGUUUUCUUUUUUCGAUCUUGAAUAUUGCCAUUAGGUUCGCUUUGGAUUGUCCUAAUCUGCGUCUCUUUGUGAUGCUGCGCAGAUUUAUCAUUGCUAGGUUUUGCACAUAUGACUUAGAUCUGCAUUCUGGUUGCUUUUCUGUCAGGCAAUUGAACUUUUAAGUUGCUACAGGCCCUAGGUAUGCUAAACUGGUAGCCCUACAUCUGCAUGCUUUCAGCACUCUUCUUAUUUUUCUAGAAAGAGAGGAAGCUUUAUUUGCCAUGUGGCUAUGAGCAGUAUAUGAGCCUUGUGGUAAAAUGAACCACGUGAGAUCCCUUCUUGUGGGAAUUUGGUUCAUAAAUCAACUAUGUACCUAACCCUUGUUAUAUGUACGAUUUGUGUGUAUGCUAGUGAUCAUUAGCAACUUUAGGAAUUAGCAUGUGCAAUUUUGCCAAAUGUGGUUCUCAUAUCAGUAACAUUCAAGCAUAGUGCAGACUCUCUUCAGUACAUGUUUUGCUUCAGUUAGGAGAACGGCUUCUAAUCUUUAAUAACUUUGAUUUUGUUUUCAAUUCCCAAUAGAUUUAUUGAUAUAUUUAGAAUUAUUACCCUUUUUGUUCCAAUUGCUUUAAUUGAUAUGGAAGAGAAGUCUUAUUUGGGGAAUAUGUCUUAUUUUUGUACCAAUUGUUUUAAUAUAGUCAUGAGUCUUAUUUGGGGAAGAGAAAUCUUUUUUUUUCAUGUUUUUUUUAUAGAUGUGGAAGACGACGUGUUCGAAGGAUAAAAAAUUAUCAUCCAGGGCAAGAUGUAACAAUAAUAACAAAUACAUUACACUUUAUGUCUGAACCAAAACUCAAUCGUAAAGGAAUUAGUUGGUUGCUCACUUCCUACUGACUGAUUUUCUUCCCUAAUUACUCUACCUUUUAUAUUUGCUAAACUCUUUUUUGGGGUGCAAUUAAAGAGCCCAUCUUCGAAUUCUUUGAGCUCAAAUACUUGCACAUCUGAAGGUAUGGAAAGAUACUCCAUUUGUUAAUCAUUCUUUUAGAUGAUCUUCAAGCUUAAUUUUAGUUUGAUAUAUACCAAGACUAACCUAGCCUACCCCUCACAAACCAUCCCUUUAAGGCCCACAAGUAAGGCAAAAAGUUUGACGAAAAGCGAUGGUGAACACAUUUUCGUCACACACGCUGUAGGAUCCCGCAGAAAAUAAAAAGUUUUUGUCACCCACCGCCCACUUACCCAAUCUUUGUUAUUAUCCUAUCACUUUUCUCUACAGUGCUGGUUUAUCUUUGCUUAGGAACUUGCUGAAUCAGUGGUGUUUGUAAUUGUAGAUGCCGUGGAGGGGCAGGAUCAAUCGACUUUUUCUUGGGAAUAUUCAAAACAUUCCCUAUGUAGAAUUCCUUUAACAGAAACCGCAAUACAUUUUAUGUAUGUUUUGGUUUGUAUUUGUGACCCUAUGUUCCGGUUUAUACUUGACCUUAUUUAAGCCACAAUACACCAUGUAUAUAUGUUUCAGUUUGUACUCAUUAGUCAUGACAUUUUUUCGAGUGGUUUGUACUCGUAACUUUA